AGACCGGAAAUAUCGUCAUUUCCAGAGAUUUCCCGCGUCUCCGCUUGGUUUUGGUAGUUCAUGCAUCUUGUGCUACGUAUAGUCUUUAAAGAAUGUCUGUUUUCGAGUCACCAAAAGCGAGAAUAAACUCUUCUAUGCUGUCUCAGUAUAUCAGCAGACCAGUAUGUUUCGUAGGACGUGUUGAGAAGGUCCACCCAACAGGAAAGUUAUUCACACUCUCAGAUGGAGAGGGGAAGUUUGCCUCAGUGGAACUCAACGAGCCUCUUGAUGAAGAGCUCAGCGGGGUUCUGGAGGUUGUUGGGACUGUAUCAAACAAAGGGACAAUAAUGGCUUCUGCAUACAACAUCCUCAGAGAAGAUAAAGGCAUUCCUUUUGACCUCGAGCUGUACAAUGAAGCUUUGAAAGUCGUCCACGAUUUCCCCCAGCAUUACCCGUUUGAAAUAGCCACCAGUGGAUGAGCACUUAACCAUUUAUGUCAUACUAUUGAGUGUGAAAGAUGUGUACAGAUUCUUAUAUUGUUCUUUUUAUAAAAUAAAAUAAU